AUGAACAAGGUGGACAAGAUUCUAGACCAGUUCACAGACCCCUUGACUGGGUCAGUGCAUGGCGCCGUUUUCAUCGCAAUUGACAGUUCAGGGAAUGUCCUCUAUCGCCGUGCUGCCGGCAAAGCGAACCUUGAUGAUGAAAGGGCACCUGCUUUGCAGAUCGAUUCUCUGUACUGGGUUGCUUCCAUGACAAAGCUGGUGACCGCAGUGGCUGUGAUGCAACUUGUGGAGCGAGGCAUUGUAUCACUUGAAGAUGAUGUCCGGGCAAUAGUCCCCGAGCUCCGCGAUAUACAAAUUCUAGAAGAUAUGAGGAACGGUGUACAAGGGGCUCUCGCCAGAGUUGAGCCAACCACAUCUGAAGCCUCUUCAAGGAAAGAUAACUCUCCGAAGUCUCAUGUGUCAUACAGCCGGCUUCGUGCUGGCUACCAUCACCCGCUACUUUUCGAGCCCGACACCUCUUGGGGAUAUGGGGCUGGCUUAGAUUGGGCUGGUCGAGUGAUUGAAUGCGUGACAAAUUCUACUCUGGAGGAUUAUAUGCGGACGCAUAUCUGGUCUAAGCUUGGCGUCGUGUCGACAACCUUCCACCCAGAACUGUACCGCGAGACGCUUCCACCACAAAUGGGAAUGGGAUAUCGCGUGAGCGUCGGUCAGGGCGUCAAAUCUCUGAAGUCGGGACCUGUCAUCCUCAAACAGCCAGCGCAGGAUGAUCUUGGGGGCAUAGGGCUCUUCAGCACGCCGAUGGAUUUUGUCAAGUUACUAUCGGCGCUUCUGGGUGGUGGACACCCACUGCUCACUCGAGAGAGUGUCGAUAUUCUACUGCAGCCACAGCUCACCGAUGCAUCUCGUGAAGCAAUGCCGAGACCUCUUGGAGCUCAGAUGAGACGGGUGUUGGCAAUCCAAGACGUUGGCGACACCCAACAGGCGGAUCAUUCUCUUGCUGGGACAAUCGUCCUGAAGGAUAUUGCUGGUCGGAGGCGAGCUGGUACGGUCAACUGGAGUGGGCUACCAAAUUUGCACUGGUGGAUCGAUCGGCAAACAGGUCUCGCAGCUACGUUAUUCACGCAGGUCAUGCCACCGGGAGAUGCCGCUGUCACUAGCCUUCUUAUUAAUUUGGAAGAGAGUCUUUAUGCAGCGUUGGAGGAGGGUGCUGCCCGUAAGGAUGUUCCUGUGAAACUAUAG